CGCGGAAGUUGGUGUUGAAGCUACGGCAGCCAUCAUUGCUAAUGGCGCCAGGAGUUUCCUGGUUUGCGGUCUCCGGCGUGACGUAGCUCCUCCGCCUAGUCUCGCCGUUACCCUGGGCAACGACCGAGACGUCCGGGGAGGGAUGCCUCUAUAGAGUGGUCCACAGAUGACCAAAAAGUUGGAGUUGGGCACGUUAAUUUCUACUGUAAACUGAAGACCCUGUCUCUUUGUCCUUGGCUUGCUGACGCGUCUGGCCUCUCAUUUCAGUGGGCUUGAGUGGAGAACUCUUGUCACCUUGGAACACCUGAGGCUGCAGGAGAAAGACUAGAACUUCAGGGAAUAAAACCCUGUAUCCAACAAUUCCGAUAUGGCAGAAGUGAAGUCACUCUUCCGGGAAGUUCUUCCAAAACAAGGACAAUUGUCUGUGGAAGACGUGACCACAAUGGUGCUGUGUAAACCCAAACUUUUGCCCUUAAAGUCUUUGACUCUGGAAAAACUGGAGAAGAUGCAACAAGCAGCGCAGGAAACAAUUCGCCAGCAAGAAAUGGCAGAGCGCGAGCGACAGCAGAUCACACAGAAAUAACCUGGCGCUUUAGUGCUGGCUGAACCUGCAGUGAUGAGAAAACAACCCGAACCUGUAUGCCGAAAUGUUAAUGAAACUGAUAUUCUUAGAAAUGUAAAAACAUCCAAGAUUGAGGAAACCUGCAUUGGUGAAUUUAAACUCAGUUAAUGCUGAACCAAACUUAACAGGAUUUUUUUCUACUUAAACCAUGUUUUU